AUGGAAUCUGCGAAGCGGAAGCGAGCCGCCAAAGCCUGCAAUUACUGCAGAAAGAGGAAGAGGAAAUGUGAUGGCAGACAGCCUGUGUGUACCCUCUGCGAAGAGGCGAACAACUCCGAGUGCGAGUAUCGCGAUGAAGGAAAUGAGUCAAAGCGCAUUACAAUCCCUGUUGAUCGCGUUGAUGAGAUCUUUGAUCGUCUUGAAUCUCUUGAGUCAACCUUUCAGUCCGCUAUAGCUCGUCAGCGGGAUCGAAGUCCCAUCUCGACACCGUUCCCAGCAUCGACUCCUUAUCCGGCCUCAACGCCUUAUGCACCAUAUCCUGUAACACGACACAACGAACCGAUCAGCCCUGAAGAUGGAAUAGUACCUGCUUCAUCUGUGCAUUCAACAGGACCGGGGACACAAACAUCGCUAUCACAAUUCGCCAAUAACAAUGUCUUUAACACGACUAUGGACAUUCCACUUUCUCACUCAUCCACGACGGGAAAUUUGCUGAGAUCCGCGCCUGCUAAAGCACUCCUUGGCCAUUAUCCUUCAGAUCUGUUUCUCCAUAUUGAGUUGAGAAGACCCGUCCCUGAAGGAUUGAGAUUAAACGCUGUUCCAGCAAGUCAAAUCGACCUACCGACAUUAUCACCCAACGAAACAGACCAUCUCGUCCGAAACUACUUUCAGCUCGUUCACCGCUUCCAUCCCAUUCUUGACCAACGAUCUUUCUACGAUCUAUACGACAGAACCGUUGACCACGGCGCACGACCUGAUCUCCCCUCCUCCCUGGUCCUCGUUGUUCUCGCACUAGGUUCCGUCGCGGCCGAGACGCCAAAUCGCAUGGAUGCAAGCUGGAGCCCUGGAGUAAGGUUCUUCACACCCGCUGUGAGACUAUUACUCACGGAGUCGUUGUGCUCGUUUGGUGGUGAUCCGCUUUUACCCCAGGCGUUGUAUCUCGCUGCUCUGUAUUAUAGUUAUUUGUCGAGGCCUUUGCUUGCCUGGAGGUUGGUACAUAUGGCGUCGACUGAUGUGCAGCAUUAUUGGAUAAGGUCUGAGAAGUUGCUGCGAGAUGGUUCGCAGGACCAGUCAAUCCUACGAGUCUUUUGGGCCAUUCUUGUGCUCGAAUGCGAUAUUCUAGCAGAGCAUCAUCUCCCUCGCAGUGGCAUCGAAAAGAUCGUCGAUAAACUCCCCUACCCUUGGUCUGAUGGUCCCUCCGAACCUUAUAUGCACCGCUGGCUCGCCGAUCUCUCGUCCCGUCGCCUCUUGAAUCGCAUUCACUACGUCCUCUACGCAGAAGCCGAACCAGGUACGGGCGACAACCAAGCCGAUAACUCUGAAGAAACACAGUCUAGUCUCCCAAAUCUAGCUCAUGAGUUGAAUCGUCAGCUAGGUGCAUGGUAUCAUCUCCUCCCUCACAGUAUCCGGCCGAACUUGGAGAUACCUCCAAUAGGCAUUGACGAUACAAUGGUUACUAUACGAUAUCACACCACCGGCGAUAUUAUCUACAGGCCCUUUCUGUAUCAGGUUUGUGCUCUUGCACCGGGAACACAGCCAAACCCCGCCACGCUCGAGAAUGCGAGACAAUGUCUGGUCCACUGCCGUAGAUACCUCAAUGCGGUUGAAUUUGCAGUGCACGCGCCGACUGCAUCUUUGGAGAAUCUCUUACACGGCCGACCAGCCAAGCUUAAUUUUGGAGAAGCCAAAGCUGCAGAUCCACUCACCGCCAAUGCCUCCAAUAUCUACCCCGGCUACAAUAUUUAUUACUCAAUCGUUAUCAUUAGCUGCGUUACGCCACAUCAUCUCAUCAUGACUGCCAAGGACUUCCAACAGCCUCACAAAGAAAUCAUCAUCAAGCCUGCAACACUCAUUGACGCCGCUCGCAUCGCAGAGCUAGGCGCGCAUGUCUUUACAAUAACAUUCGGGCACUCCGUUGAACCCCACGAACUCAGUGCCUUCCUUGAAGAAUCCUACACAGAAACCUCAAUCGUCAACGACCUCAAUGACCCCAACAAAGACGUUAUCAUCGCUACGAAUGCCGACGAUGAUUUCCUCGGCUUCGCAUAUCUCACCCGCGGAAGCAGUGAGCCCUGUGUAGAAAACAUGGAAAAGACCGUUGAGUUACAGAGGAUUUACGUACAUCCUAAUUCUCAUGGCGCUGGUGUUGGAAAGGCUUUGGAGAAAACCAUUGAGGCCAUGGCGAAGGAACAGGGGUUCAAGAAUUUGUGGCUUGGUGUUUGGGAGGAGAAUCCGAGGGCGAUAAGGGCGUAUGAGAAAUGGGGUUAUAAACAGGUCGGGGAUCAUGACUUCACUAUUGGGUCUAUUGUGCAAACUGAUCAUAUCAUGAUUAAGAGUUUAUAG